AUGGAAAUCAUACCGAAAUCCCAAUACCGCGCACCACGCAUCGUUGAGCAUCCAAACGACGUUCUCGUGCCGAAAAACGAGCCGGUAACGUUGAACUGCAAGGCCGAAGGAAAACCGGAACCGACCAUCCAGUGGUACAAGGACGGGGAGCCGGUAAAGCACACCCCGAACCACGUCGUGCUGCCCUUGGGAUCGCUGUUUUUCCUGCGGACAUUGCACAGCAAAAAGGAAAAUGACGCCGGUGUUUACCGAUGCGUAGCCUCGAACGUAGCGGGAAUAGCCGAAAGCCGCAAUGCAACGCUGCAGAUCGCACUGUUGCGCGAAGACUUUCGGGUGGAUCCGAAGGACACGCGAGUGGCCGCCGGCGAAACGGCUCUGCUGGAGUGUGGAGCCCCAAAGGGAAGCCCGGAGCCGACCAUCCGGUGGUUUAAGGACGAUGUUCGGAUCGCACUCGACGAGCAUCAACGUUCGGCGAAGGAGAUCGGACGGAUGCGGAUCGUGGACGGGGGCAACCUGCUCAUCAGCGACGUUCGUUCGUCGGAUAGCGGCCGCUAUCAGUGCAUUGCUCACAAUUUAGUCGGUUCCCGAGAAAGUGCCAUCGCACGACUUACUGUGCAAGUGAAACCGUACUUCAAACUGGAACCCAUGGACACAACAGCUCUCGUAGGCCAGCGAGUGCAGUUCCUGUGUGCAGUAGACGGCGAUCCACAACCACAGAUUUUGUGGAGUAAGGAGAAUGGACACAUUCCGGUGGGACGGGCAGAAAUUUUGGAAGAAGAUCGAAGCCUCGUUAUCCGGAGUGUAGUUCCCAACGAUCAGGGGCUUUACAUCUGUGAAGCGCAUAAUACGAUCGGACAAAUAAGCGCUAAAGCUCAUCUAUUUGUCAAUUCUCCGCCAACAUUUUUGAUCAAACCACAAGACCAAAAAACGGCUCUUAACGGAGUGGCGACGUUCAAGUGUACCGCUUCUGGCAAUCCGGCACCGUCCGUGUUCUGGACAAAGGAAGGAUCGCAGACGCUCAUGUUCCCCAACAAUACGUACGAUAACAUGCAGGUAUCGGUGCAAGGAACACUGCAAAUACGGGGAGUGCAGAAGGAUGACGAUGGCUAUUACAUCUGCUCGGCGUUGAGUGUAGCUGGUUCUACCGCAAGUCGAGCGUAUUUGCAGGUGUUAACAUCUGAAGACAGCAAUCCACCACCGAUACUGCAAGUCGUACCAGCUAAUCAAACGCUGCCACGCGGAAGUGUGGCCAAACUUCCGUGCCUAGCAAGCGGAAAUCCAACUCCCAUGAUACGUUGGAUGAAAAAUGCCACCGAUAUCAACCUGUCGGGCGGUAACGGGCGCUUGGCGAUCAUACAAGGUGGCACACUAAGAAUAGACGAUUUGCGAAAGGAGGACACAGGCUGGUAUCGUUGUGCGGCAUUUUCUGAGAAAGGAGAAACCACAUGGAGUGCAUACUUAUUGGUCGAAAGCAAUCUCUCUUCCAUGCAACACCGUUCCCACAAUGCAGAUCUACUGCCGUCGGCACCGGGAAUGCCAAAGGCGGUGAAUAUAACCAACAGCAACAUUACACUAACGUGGACUCGCGGGCAGGAUGAACUGCAGAUAAACCCGGUGACUGGUGGCUACACGAUCGAAUAUUACAGUCCGGAAGAGAAGGCCGGUUGGAUCAAGGCAAUGAGUCGCAUCCCGGGCUACACUGCAACGAUCACGAACCUCUCUCCUUCUACUUCCUAUAUGUUUAUUAUUCGGGCGGAAAACUCUUACGGUUACUCAGCCCCUUCGCCAACAUCUGCCAUCAUUCGUACACUGUCUGCAAAUGAUGGAGUCACAAUGCCUGAAGAAAUAGAAACCGCUCGGCUGGUACUCAGUGGACAGAUACUAGAACUGGUUGAUGCAGUUGCUAUCAAUUCUACGACAGUGCGACUUGAGUGGCAACUUCAUAUUAGCAACACCGAAGAGUACGUAGAAGGAUUGUACGUGCGCUUCCGAAACCUUUCUGCAACGGACACGCAAAGCUACGGCAUGCUUACCAUCCCGAUGAAUCCUUCCGAAACGCACGUGAUAACCGGGUUGGAAAAAUAUACGCGAUACGAGUUUUUCCUGACGCCAUACUUUAAAACGGUCGAAGGGCAACCAACCAGCUCCAAGGUGGUGCAAACACUUGAGGACUUUCCGACCGGCGCACCUUUGAACGUGCAAACGGGGAUGGUGAACUUGACGACGGGACUAGUUAACUGGCUUCCGCCGGCCGAAAACCAUCUCAACGGCGUUCUACUCGGUUACAAGGUCCAACUGCGUGCCAUCAAUUCGUCCAAGGUAUUGGCGCAGAUAACGUUGAACGCUACCACCACAUCGAUCGUCUUCCACAGUCUGACCACGGGCACAACGUACACCGUGCGGGUGGUUGCGUUCAAUCGGGUUGGGGCGGGCCCAUACUCGAAGCCGGCGUAUCUUGUAAUGGAUCCGGCACAUGUAAUCGCCCCUCCGAGAGCGCACAACUCGCUGAGCGAUAUGGAAGGCUAUCGGAGCCAUAGUGUCCUGCACGAACCGUGGUUUAUGGUGCUCAUGAUUCUGCUGCUGCUAUCCGUGCUGACGAUUGCCUGCGUGGCGACGGUUCUGUUCUUCCGGAAUCGCGCCAAAAUAAGCAAGGAAAUGAUGAGCGCCACGGUACCGGUUAUCGCUAGCACCGAUCCGACCCGACGCCCUGUGGUGGUCUCGCGAAGGGACUGCCUUUGGAUAGACCGUGGCUGGAGAUCGACCGAUACUGAUAAAGAUUCGGGAGUCAGUGAGGCGAAGUUGCUAGAGAGUUCGCAAAAUACGGCAAACUACGCCGACGUUAGCACCGAUUACGCCGAAGUUGAUCCAAGAAGUAUAACUUCGUUCUACAACAGUCGAAAGUCCCCAGACAAUCCAUCGCCAUACGCGACGACCGUUCUCGUCAAUGGAAAUUCCAACGAGAACGCUAAAAUUAUCUACCAAGGUUUGGAUGGUUACAUCUCGGGCACGUCCACCAACCGUUCAGAUCCUGCCGCCUACCUUCCGGGACAUCCACAAGCGUUCACCCCGGUGCCCUAUAGUCAAGCUCCCGCAAACUGGAUUGAUUUUCUUCCUCCCCCACCGGAACAUCCGCCACCAAUUCCACAAGCUUUAGACCAUCACAUACACUUAAAUCAUGUGUAUCCCUCGGAACUAAUCGGUGGCAGUGCCUGCGCUCCUGGCACAGUCGCAAUCGGUUCUCAGGGAUCAUCCGCCCGUUGUGGAUCGGCGCAGUCCGGUAGCUAUAAUGGAGGCAGUGUGCAAAACUCAUAUCAAUAUGUAGAUCCUUCCAUCCUAGGACGAGGAUCAUCAUCUAGGAGCAGCUCCAACGAGUGUACGAUGCGAAACGUACCUCCGCUGCCACUACCACCGCAGCCGGGACACUUCCCCGGGCAUCUUAACGGUACGACGGUGGUCGGCCCGGGGGAACCGCCCUAUUUCAACGAUGAUGUGUACAAUAGUCCUAUCAAAAGUGGUGACAUUAAUUAUCAUCCGUAUCGGAUGCCAAACUCCUCGUCGGCAUCUUCCAUAUCGUGCUGCCAGUCGAACCACUCCCGGAGCAGCCACUCAGCGAGCUCUAAAACCCAUGACUACCAUCAACAACAACAGCAGCAUCAGCAACAUCAGCAGCAGCAGCAGCAUCAGCAGCAGCAACAGCAUCAGCAGCAUCAGCAUCAGUUGCAAAACAAAAUGAUGUUCCACCCAGCCCAUGCACAACAGAACAGGCAAUGUGGAGGAAGCUGCGAUGGCCUAACUCCUUCGAAAGCGGUAUCCUUCAACGAGCAGUACCACAUGAUGGAUGAGAAUGGCAUUAACGGUGGUAGGACGGUAGAACACGAAAAUUGCACAUACUUUACGAACUUUUCCGACGCGUCCGGGGCAAGCAGCAGUAGCGGUAGCGGUGGUUUCCGCCGGCACCCGCAGUUCGUAAAGACAGUUCAUGUAAAUAUUGAAAAUGCCAUCAACGGUAACUAUCACCAUCAGCAGCAGCAGCAGCUCCAUCGAGAUACUGCGGGUUCGGACGCUCCUCAUCAUCCCAUCAUCGGCAAUGGCCAUCAUCACAAUCACAACCUUCAUCAUCCGUACGUGUACAAUCAGCAACAGCAACUGCAACAACAGCAGCAACAGGAAGCAAUCAGUGAGCACGAAGAGACUGAGACCGACAAAAUGCUGACCGGUGGAAGCAGCUACAGUGAAAACGAGGAGCACACGUUUAGCAACGGCUGCUCCGGUCCCGACUCCGACGGCCAUGAAGAGGCGACGAAAAAACUCAACAAUGGCUGCCAUAACGAUAGUGGCAAGCGGCGGCAGCUUGAGGACGAUUCGUCAAUCUGUCCGGUGUACGGGGAACCGGUGCUUCCGGCUUCGUAGGCCAAGAAAAGCGCAUCCGCUGCCGCAGACCGCAAAGGUCAGCUCGUAAGUACUCGCGAUUUAUUGUAAUUUGUUUAUCUACGACACAUUGCGCCAUCGGUCACUUGGCAAUGUCUUCUUCGCAAAGAACUGAAGAUGGAAAAUUAUGGCCAUGGAAAAGAUACUGUUCAAUUCAAGUGAACGGUCUAGGAAAGAUGAAUAGGAAUUUCUUUAUUGGUAGUAAGUCAAACGGACACCCAUAGGAUGCACGGUUGCGCCACAUCAUACCAAAACAUACACAGCAGUCUCUAGGAAAAUAAUAAUUUAUUUAAGAAUCGUUUGGUGAUGCAGGUUGUAAACAUUCACAUAUGAAUAAAGAGAU